CUAGACUCGAGGGAGCCGCUAGCCAGCCCGAUCGCCAGUUACUAUCGCCGAUUCGCCAUGCAAAGACCUUGCGGCGGGUGCUGGGCCACUCGCCGCCUCCUGACCGCGCCCCCGCCGGCGGCGGUGUCGCCUGACCAGUCCAUGGACGCGCAGCAGGCGCACCUGGCGAGGGUGCUCAGCAUCACCACCACCGUGCUCUUCGUCGCCAGCGUCUCCUACAUCGCCCUCAGCACGCUCUACGCCUGCCUCCGCGCCGCCCGCCAGGAAGAGCCCGGCGGGGCCGACGCCGACGGCCCGGCGCCGCCGCGGGAGGCGACCAAGCGCGCGCUCGAGGCGAUCCCCGUGCGGGUGGUCGUCCUGCUGGACCAUCCGCGCGACGGCGGCUGCCCCGAGGCGGUCGUGGCGGACGAGGGAGUGGGCGCGGACGCCGACGCCUGCGCCGUGUGCCUGGCGGAGUACGCGGCCGGGGACGAGGUGCGCGUGCUCCCGGCGUGCCGCCACGGCUUCCACCGGGAGUGCGUCGACCGCUGGCUGCUCACGCGCGCGCCCACCUGCCCCGUCUGCCGCGCCCCGGUCGCCGCGCACCUCGACGGCGCCGACGCCAAGGAGGAGAACUCCCCGACCUCGACCAGGCACGCCGGUUACUUUGGUGAUUUCGCCGCCUGGUCCAUUGGGCUCCCGGCGCCGAUAUGACGAAACCGUCAGCGUCCAUCAGCUUGUGGAUCGGAGACGCAUGGUAGCGACCAAUCAGGAAGGUUCAGCUAGUCGUAAUCCGGUAGUGUGUCUAAAUUAAUUUUGAUGCCUCAAACAUUUGUUGAUCGAUGCCAGUUGUGAUCCUCAGAUUAAUAACGACAGACCACAUAGAUGAAAUUUCGAUUUUUUUUCA